CGAUUUUCCCAUGCACCACCCUCUCUCUCUCUCUCUCCAUCUCUCUCUCUAUAUUCGGACGUUUUUGCAUCGACGGCAACGAGGCGACGAGGACAGAGAUUGAUGACGUCAGCACUCCAGCAUAACUCCAACUAAGCAUCACAGCCGUCUAUCACACUCCCAAAUCUUCCAUCACACGGUAGAGAAUCUUUGCUACUCUAAAACACCGCCCAAAACGACUGGCGACGACUGGGGGAGAGAAGCAGAACGACGGCGGCGACUGAGUUGACUCGAACUUGAGUCGCGCUAUGGGGAAUUCGGAUCGGUGGGCGACACAGAAGGCCGAGCCGACGAGGUGGAGCUUGCUCGGCCGUCGGAUGGCCCAGAGGUUCCGGCAGCUUGCGAUCUCGGCCGUUGGAUCAGUGAAGAUAAAGCUGCUGCUCUUCUGCUGCAUAGUCUUCACUGUGUUCGUGGUCGCGAGCAUUCCGGCGUCGUUUAUGGGAUGGAAACAUCAGACUACGUCGUUUGAUCGGCUCUCUGUUCCCAGGAAGGGAUAUACUAUACUGAUUAACACAUGGAAGAGAAAUGAUCUUUUGAAACAGUCUAUUUCUCACUAUAUCUCAUGUCCUGGGCUUGAUUCCAUACAUAUCGUCUGGAGUGAACCCGAUCCUCCAUCAAGUUCUCUUGUCAAAUAUCUACUAAACCACAUUACACAGUCAAGUUCUAAGCAUGGUCGGCAAGUUGAAUUGAAAAUUGAUAUAAACAAGGAAGAUAGUCUGAACAAUAGAUUCAAAGAGAUUAAGGAUUUGAAGACGGAUGCCAUCUUUUCAAUUGAUGAUGAUGUUAUAUUUCCUUGCUCUUCAGUAGAAUUUGCUUUCAAUGUUUGGCGAAGUGCACCAGAUACAAUGGUGGGAUAUGUGCCCCGUAUCCAUUGGGUUGAUGAAUCGGAAGUUUCCAUGCAGAAAGCUGAUAAGGAUCACUAUAUUUAUGGAGGAUGGUGGUCUGUUUGGUGGAUGGGUACAUACAGUAUGGUGCUCUCUAAGGCAGCAUUUUUCCAUAAAAAGUAUCUGAGUUUGUAUACAAAUGAGAUGCCAGCAUCCAUCAGAGAUUAUGUAACAAAGAACAGGAACUGUGAAGAUAUUGCUAUGUCUUUCCUUGUUGCAAAUGCAACUGGUGCUCCCCCAAUUUGGGUGAAAGGCAAGAUAAACGAGAUUGGUUCAACCGGAAUCAGUAGCUUGGGAGGUCACACCGAAAAAAGGUCUGAAUGCGUUAAUAGAUUUGUGGCAGAGUAUGGGCGAAUGCCCUUGGUUUCGACUUCCGUGAAGGCUGUUGACAGCCGCAACAUCUGGUUUUGGUGAUGCUAGUGUUUCUUGUACCUAUAGGCUCCUGAUUUCCUCCUCAUUUUGUUCCAUUAAUUCCCUACUUUUGUAAUACUCCUUUCAUGUUACUACCAAUUAUAUGUCACUGGGGAUAGAAGCUGAGUUAGUGUAGUCAAUUAGUUUUGAGCCAUAUAUAUUAACACGCAACUUGAUGGAGGAUCCAGGAAGCGAUUGUAUUGAUGUAUUCUUGUCAUUUUCUUUUUGAGGGUUCCUUAUACUUCCUUUAUAGUUUAACCCUCCAAAUUAAAAGUUGGAGAAUGAAUAUAUUUCCUUGUAGAUGUUGUUGUAAUGGUAUAAUUAAGCCUUCAUUUCUCA